AUGAAGUUCGCCUACCAGUUCCAGCACUUGUGCGGCAGCGUGUACUCCCAGGGCAACGUGGCGUUUACGCCCGAUGGAAACUCCGUGCUGAGUCCGGUUGGUAAUCGAAUCACGCAGUUCGACCUCAUCAACAAUACGUGCCGGACGUUUGCCUUUGAAGCGCGUAAAAAUGUCGAGCGGAUUGCCGUGUCGCAUGAUUCGCGGCUCUUGCUCGCGGUGGAUGUCGAUGGUCGCUGUUUGCUCGUGAGCUUGAAGCGUGGCGUUGUGCUCUACCGCUUCCACUUUAAACAGCCUGUACGCGCGCUGAGCUUUAGUCCGGACAAUGGCUACAUUGCAGUAGCACUUGGCAGUAAAGUGCAGCUGUGGCGCACGCCUGGGCUGGUGCGUGAGUUUGCGCCGUUUGUGCUGCACCGCACGUACACGGGCCAUUACGCAGACGUGGUGAGUGUGUCGUGGUCGCAUAGUGCCAAGUUUUUCGUGACGGGCGCCGAGGAUCUCUCGGCUCGGGUGUUUUCGGUCGACCCGUACCCGGGAUUCAAACCGCUGACACUUUCCGGACAUCGAGACGUGGUUGUGGGUGCUUUCUUUGCCAAAGAUGACCGAUCGAUAUUCACCGUUGGACGAGAUGGUGGCGCGUUCGAGUGGAAAUACACACUGCCGGACAAUGAUAGGCUCGAGCAGGUCUUUGAUGAGAGCGAGGAGGAGGACACGGAUGAGGUUGAGGAAGAGGGAACAAAGGAGGAAGAAAGUGAGAGCAGCAGUGACGAUGAGAGCAAAGGUGAUGAUGUUAGUUUGGACAAGAAGCGCACGCGUGAAACGCUGGAGGAGCAGGACGCUGUUGUGCCAGACAUUGCGCGUGCCAUUAAAUGGUAUACUUGUCAGAAGCACGUGCUCAAGAUGGACUUUGCCAAGGUGUUGUGUUGCACGUUUCACUCCUCGACAGGCAUGCUCGUAGUGGGCUUUGGCAAUGGCACCUUUGGUUUGUACGAACUGCCAGCAUUCGUGAAUAUCCAUACGCUGAGUGUCACGCAGAAUCAGCUGGAAACGGUCGCGGUGAACGCUACCGGCGAAUGGCUGGCCUUUGCAUCGUGCAAGCUUGGACAGUUGCUAGUGUGGGAAUGGCGCUCAGAGACGUACGUACUGAAGCAGCAGGGCCACUACUUUGACCUGAAUGCAGCCAGCUACUCGCCCGACGGACGGUUGCUUGCUACAGGUGCCGAUGAUGCGAAGCUCAAGCUUUGGGACACAAACAGUGGUUUUUGCUACGUUACGUUCACGGAGCACUCCGCCCCUGUGACCGCUGUGCAGUUUGCUCCCUCGGGUCAAGCCGUUUUGAGCUCAUCUCUUGAUGGCACAGUCCGCGCAUUUGACUUGAAUCGAUACAAAAACUUCCGCGUGCUGACGACACCAGAGCCCACGCAGUUUCUAUCGCUCGCGCUGGAUAUGAGUGGGCAGGUGGUUUGUGCAGGGUCAAUGGACCCGUUUAAUGUGUACGUUUGGUCAUUGCAGACUGGUCGCCUAACGGAUGUUCUCAGCGGCCACAGUGGGCCUGUAACGUCGCUCUCGUUUUCGCCGUCGUCCUCUGCUGAGCCUAUCCUUGCGUCGGCUUCCUGGGACCACACAGUGCGCCUCUGGAAUUUGUUUGCCAGCAAGAAAAACUUUAUCGAACCUCUCGACCAUCCCACGGAUGUGCUAUCUGUGGCAUUCCGUCCGGACGGCAAGCAACUGGCUUCCACAACGCUGAACGGUGCGAUUAACAUUUGGGACGUGAAGGAUGGCGAACAGGUUGGAACGAUCGAUGGCAAGCGCGAUAUUGCAGGUGGUCGCAAAGACGGUGACCAUAUCACGUCGGCUAACAACCAGCUCACAAAGUAUUUUACGAGUGUCUGCUAUUCGGCCGACGGCUCACUUCUUCUGGCUGGUGGACGGUCCAAGUUCGUGUGCAUUUACGCGGUGGAGCAUCAAAUUUUGCUGAAGAAGUUUCAGAUUUCACACAACCUGUCACUGGAUGGUAUCCUGGAAAAGCUUAACAAUAAGAACAUCACAGAGGGCGGCCUCAGUAAGAGUGAGCUGGACGCUCAUUUAGAUGACUCGGAGGCAUUGGGCCGCGACGGUGGUGCCGACCUUGUGGGUGCCAAGCGUGCUGUUGAUCCGGGCAGCCGCCGCACGAACAUGGAGGUGAUGUCCAAAGCCGUAGUUUUCUCGCCCACUGGCCGUGCUUGGGCUGCUGCCACCAAAGAAGGUCUGCUUAUCUAUGGACUUGACGAGAGUCUUGCCUUCGACCCGUUCGAGCUGGACGAGGAUAUUACACCGGAAACUAUCACCCGAACGCUGGCUCAGCGCGAGUACGCUCGUGCCUUGGUAAUGGCACUGCAUUUGAACGAGGAGCCGCUUAUUGCUCGAUGUGUGGAAGGUGUUCCACUUGCAAAUAUUCCACUUGUGGCACAGACGCUUCGCGGCGAGACGUACCUGCAACGGUUGCUCCAGCUUCUAGCGAAGCGGAUGGAAUGUAGCCCGCACCUCGAGUUUUACCUUCAGUGGAGUCUAUCUGUGCUGAACACGCAUGGCCAGACCCUGCGAGACGAUUCAUGCAGCAGUGCCACAUGCCUUCCGACUCUGCGUUCACUGCAAAAGAGCGUUGCGCAUCAUCUGCAGGAUCUCGCCAAGAUUUGCGAUGAUAACCAGUUCACACUCAGUUAUCUCAAGAAUCUCAGCAGGAUGCAGCAGCUGCAGCAAGCCCAUUAG